AUUCUUUUCUUGUGAUUGCAUAGGGUGAACGUGUGUGGUUCUUCUCCGCAAAGGAAAUUACAUUAAACAGAAUAAAUAAAUUAUUUUGAAGCUAUUUGCGGAACUAUAUACAAAUUUAUAUAAAGGUAUUAUUAAGAAUAUAUAAACAUAAAUAAUGCCGCGUUAUCGUGAGUGGGACUUAGCUUGCAAAGUAUAUGUAGGAAAUUUGGGAUCAUCCGCCUCUAAAUAUGAAAUAGAAAAUGCUUUCAGCAAAUAUGGUCCCUUGAGAAACGUAUGGGUCGCACGAAAUCCACCUGGAUUUGCAUUUGUAGAAUUUGAAGAUCGCCGCGACGCAGAAGAUGCAACUCGGGGAUUGGAUGGAACUCGCUGCUGUGGUACUCGCAUACGCGUAGAAAUGUCGUCGGGUCGGUCACGAAGAGAUGAUAGACGACGAGGAGGCGGUAGUGCUGGUGGCGGUGGCAGCAGCAGCGGUGGCCGAGGGGGAGGUCGCUAUAGGAUAAAGUCUACUGCUACUACUACUUCUAGAACUUCUACCUCCUCUUCCUUCAACAAAAACUACAAAAACAACAUGUUCACGUAUCACAACUACUGCUCCUUCUCCACAAACUUCACCACGACAAGCAACAAGCUCAACUUAAUAUCGUUCAACGACAACAUUUUUGAUAAUAGUGAAAAAAAUGUCAAUCAACAAUUUUUUAAGAAAGAAUGUCUACAAAAUUUCGACAACAACAAUUUUAGUUAUAGCAAACAUCAUUUUCAACAUCACCAAAAACAACUACAAGAAAAGCCACAACACAGUACUUUCAUCAAUAAAUUAAUGAUCAUAGUUUUUGUUAUCAACACGAACACCUUGAACACCACCAACACCAACGUUACAACAGUCUUGCACAUAAAAUUUGAUCUCGUUUUCGCUGUAGUCAUUGUCAUCAAUACCUAUCUAACAAUUGUUGUUGUCGCAAUAGAAAACUGUAACAGUUGUCCUGAUGUUAAGUGCAGUAAAAGAUCAACAAUCAUUAGAACAGCAACUACUAGUAAAAUAACUACUACCGCUACUACUACUACCUCAGCUGCAACUGCUUCUACAGUCACUACAACUAUUGCUACUACAAGAAUUAGUGCAACUAGUAAAAGUGUGCUUGGGCAGCAGGCGCAGGAUCAGCAUCAACGGCAAAUUCCUAAGCAUUUACUACAGCCAUCAUCAUUAAUACCACCACUACUACCACCACAACCACCUUAACAACUUGAUAUACUACUACCACCUCCUUCUCCUUUGUAUAAGCAACUGACUGUGAAAAGUGUCCACAACACUACAAUCUUCAGCACAACAAAUACCAUCACCAACAACAAAAAUCACAACGACUUUGACAAGAAAUGCAAACUUAUGUGAUAACAAGAAAAAAGAGUGUGCUUGGUCGGGUAAUGUAUGCAUGUUCACCCAUCAGUCUGUGUGUGGGGUGUACCACACAAAAUAGGUGACUUAAUCGUAACUUCGUUAUUUCAUUCGAUGUAACUACAUGAUUUUUGUUUUUGUGACAAAAAGCAUUAUAUUCGAACGCUUCUUCGAGACUGCUCUCAACCAUUAAUAACGACUUUACAACUAAUACUGUUAUAGAGCUCUCGAAACUGCUUUAACGACAACAAAUUUUUCAUUAAAGAGCAGUGGUUGUUUUCAAUCAUACACCGCAUAGUCUGACUGUUGCAUUGCAAUUUUAUGCGGUACUGUCGGUCUAAUGUAUAACUUUUAAUGGAAAUUAUCCUAAAAUUCAAGAUUUAAGACAACUGAAUGAUUCGGGUACACGGGUUCUGAAGUAAAAGUAUGACCGCAAUUCGGAUUUUUUUUUUUUUUGUAUUUUUAUUGUGCGAGGUAAAAGUGCUAGCUACGUUAUGUUCUUCAGAUAAUCGACAUUGAAUGGCGCUUUUGUGUAAUCCACCAAUUACUCCAUCAGUUCUGCAACUUCACUCUUGUCUCUGCAGUGGUUUCAACUGCACAUACAUAUAUGUAUAUCUUCAACAUGUGUUCGAGCAAUAUUUCAACAUUUACAAUGAAUUUAAUCCACUCAACUCGUCAAAAUGAAAACAAACGUUCAAUUUUCAAAAUGGGAAGGGCAGGUUGUCACCCUGAACAUCGUUUUUGACAUGCUAAUGUGCGAAACAACGUAUAAGUGCAUCAAGAACGAAAGACAAAACGUGUGCGGUAACUUCAAGUAAGAAUAAGUUCUUUCUAAUUUAGAUACUACCUAGUUCAUUUUGUUACUAAUAUUCUAAUAUUGAGGAUAUUUCAAGUUGUGUUUAAAUAUUACUUUCAAGGUUAAACAAAUUUACACUUUGACAAAGAACUAUCCACUAAUUGUAAAUUCCAUUGCAUCCGAGCAGGUGAACACUUAGCAAUGAUCGGCUCAAUGAACACCAUUCACAACUGCAACAUCUUUUUCUACUUAAUAUGGGUGAAAAUAUCUGCUCUGCUCAGCUACAACUCCAUGACAUCCUAUUUCGAAUUCAUUACAACCACUUUGGCUGGUCCUUCGAGCGUUUGAGAGCUUGAUUGGUAUUUUUCACAGGGUCACCGCUAUACAUCAAGCUAUUCAACGUUCCGUCUUUGCAACCGAUCUCCAAGGCCUUCAAUUAAAUAUAACAAAGCUCUCAUAUUGCAUCACGGUCAACAGCAGCAAGCUAAUGUCAUCACUACUACUCCACCGAUGCGCAUACAUAGUCAACCAGCGUCCCAAAUUAAGGCUUUUUGUCUACUCCACCAACCCUAUCAUGUCUGAUAUGCGCAACAAACGCUUCUAAGUAUCAUUGUCACAGAUGAAUAUCGGGCUUGUAUACUUUGUUAUCUGCUCAAUGGUUUAUUUUGCAAUUUUUUAUUAUAUCUUUUAUUCAUUUAAAAUAGUCAUCACAAAUCAGUUGAUUAUCAACAAAAGAAACUCUUCCAUUAUCACCAAAAACCAACCAUCACCGUACUACUACUACUACACCACCUCAACAAAUAUGUCCAAUCAAAUGAACGAGCUACUGAGCUGCAGUUACUCGUGCAUUCAGCUUGUAAUUUUUUUUUGACCCAAGGAAUUGUAAAUAGUCAGCAACGUAAGCCAGCUCGUCGAAUUCGAGUUCAGCAACGCAGCAAUACGAAAACGAUUUGAAAUAAAUAUUUAUAUCGACAUUAUCAGGCAACAAUUUGGUAAAAUUACUGUUAACUGAAUCAAGAUAAAGUACAGCGAAAAAAUCAACCAAACAUUCCCAAUAGUUAGACUUGUGAAAGCAAAGGUCAUAAAUUAACUACUUUUCAUGAAUGAGAUUUUUUUUAUUAUUUGAAAAGUAGCGUCUCUCAUCCCUUGACUGCAAAAUUAUUUGUAUCGAAAUCUUCUCUACAACAAUCAACUCUACUACAAAAUCCCAUCGAAUAUUUACAAAUGGUAUUAAAAUCUUCAAUACAUGGAUUUUUUAAUUGUGUGCAGUGCUUAAAAACUUGUUUAUCCAACAGCAUAUUAAAUUUUCCUUUUUCUCUUUUUUAUAUGACAAUUUCUUACAGAUCACGCUCACCACGUCGUACACGCAGCCGUUCCCGCAGUUUUUCAAGAGACAGACGUAGCCGAUCGGACUCUCGUGAUCGCCAUUAGAUAUAACAAAAAAUCACAAAAUUUUCUCAAAUUGAAUUCCCAGAAAAAAAAAUAUUUUCUUUACCUAAAAUCUAUAUACACCAUUAUGUAGAAAGAGAGAA